AUGGCGGGGGCUGGUUCCGCCGCUGUGUCCGGUGCAGGGACGCCCGUGGCGGGGCCCGCAGGCCGCGACCUCUUCGCCGAGGGGCUCCUCGAGUUCCUGAGACCGGCUGUGCAGCAGCUUGACUCUCACGUCCACGCCGUCAGAGAGAGCCAAGUAGAGCUCCGGGAACAAAUUGACAACCUAGCCACCGAACUGUGCCGUAUCAAUGAGGAUCAGAAAGUGGCCCUGGAUCUCGACCCCUAUGUGAAGAAGCUCCUUAAUGCCCGACGACGAGUCGUCUUGGUCAAUAACAUCCUACAGAAUGCCCAGGAACGGCUGAGGCGGCUAAACCACAGCGUGGCCAAGGAAACAGCCCGAAGGAGAGCAAUGUUGGAUUCAGGAGUUUACCCCUCUGGUUCCCCAAGCAAGUAA